ACAAUGUAUUUAUUCAACUCGGCUCCUGGGAAAAACAUCACUUUUGUGCGUCCUACAUAUUUUGUAAUUCGUGGUUUUUCUGGCAUCCUCAAUAUCAAGUAUUACUAUGUCUUUCUCUUUUUUGUUUAUAUUGUUUCAGUGCUUGGGAACACAGUUGUGAUGGCAGUAAUAUACUUGGAUCAUAAUCUGAGGACUCCAAAAUAUAUUGCAGUUUUUCAUCUUGCAUUUGUGGACUUGUUUGGUAGCUCUGCUCUGAUGCCGAAGGUCCUUGACAUCUUCCUGUUUAACCAUCCCUCCAUCCCCUACAACGACUGCUUGACAUUCAUUUUUUUCUACUACAGCUGCCUUUCCAUGCAGUCACUUAAUCUGGUUGCUCUUUCCUAUGACAGACUAAUUGCCAUCAUGUUCCCUCUGCACUAUCAGGUGAAGGUGACACACAGGUUCAUGCUGUCUUUGAUUGCCUCUUUCUGGGUCUUUGUUAUUACUGUUAUUCUUAUUUCAGUUGGUCUUGUUACGAGACUUUCUUUCUGUGAGUCUGUGGUUAUUAAUAGUUAUUUCUGUGACCAUGGCCAGCUAUACAAGCUGGCAUGCAAUGACUACACACCCAGUUUUGUCAUUAGUUUUGUGUUAAUAGCUCUAAUUCUUUGGCUUCCACUGGCAUUUAUUGUGUUAAGUUAUGUAUGCAUUGGUUAUGCUUUGUCUCAAGUGGUCACAGCUCAUGAAAGACACAAGGCCUUUAAAACAUGCAUAUCUCAUCUUUCAUUAGUGGCAAUCUAUUUCCUCCCAAUAUUAAUCACAUUAACUAUGAGUUCAAAAAUACAUCCAAAUGCCAGGAUCAUAAACCUGUCUCUGACCUCUAUGUUUCCUCCCAUGCUGAACCCAAUAAUUUAUGUUCUGCAGACACAGGAAAUUAAAGGAUCAGUGAAAAAAAUAUUUAAAAUCGGAAAAAGAACAUUAAAUUCAACUUGA